AUGCUCUGCACCUUCGUUCUGUGGACUUUUCGUGGGGUGUGCGCGUGCAAAAGGUCUGCGUGCCAGCCGCUUCAAAGGGCCUGGGCCUCUAGCUCGUGGAGCGGUGUUUUCUUCUUCGCCCUUGUUUGGCCCCUUGCCACGGUGGGUCUGGCCCUGCUCGCCUGUCGGCUGUACCCGCACUUUGGUGUUCGGUUUCUCCCUGCCCUGUGGACGGGUUCCGUUUACGCCCUCGCUUUCUGGGAUUGCGGGUCAGGCAAAGUGUGCAAGCGUGUUUGCGAGACAUGGGCAUCCAUCAAGCAGCAGUCCAUGUACCGAGGAGGUCUGCAGGAGUUGUUGACCAAAAUUGGAGCGGACAGAUCGGCUUCUCAAGUCACACCUUCGCAGCAGCUCUCCAAAAAGGAAACAGUGACGUGCCACUCCUUGACCGCCUUCGCGGCCUGGUUGCCGCUGCCGAACAAGGGCUUGCCGGAGAGUGGAAUCCGGACGGACGUGGGCUCGCGAAGAACGGUGCUAGUAAAGAAGCUGGCAAAGGAAAAGGUUGCCGGGUGGAAACUGUCGCAGUCCGACUGGCCCGACAAAGUUGUUCUUACUUGUGGUGCGGACGAAUUUGCGCAAGUCAUCGAAGAAAAGGUCGCUGAUCGGAAGUUCGUCGCCCUUGCCCACACGAAGGAAGAAGCCCAGGAAAUCAUCCACCAGUGUGAGUCCGACGACAAGCUCAAGGUCUUGCUUCUCGUCCCGGGAAAUGCUGAGUCGCAGCCAGAGUUGGUUCUGUCCGGAGCUGCAGCCGCUGAUACGCGUUUUAGCUGCAGUCAGUACCCGGGCCGGCAUAAUGGUCGAGUUGCCACUAGAACUUGUUGGGCUUAUAGACUCCACGCUGAGGCCCCUGCCUUGAAGUUUAGCGUCGUCGUGAAAGGUGAUGCGCACCCUACGGUCGGAGCCCUUGUAAAAAAGCCUCCUGGUGUUUUGAAGGAUGACAAGAAAGCCACCACUGUGGUCUUGAGAUUCCAGCUGGACAAGCGUUACGUGUCCGCAGACACAUGGAAGCAGUGCCUUGCCAAGGCUGGAGAACAGUGGAGGGUUGAACUUCCCAGUGGCUGGGAGUACGAAGACGUCGAGGAGCUUGUCAAAGCUUCUGGUUUUCAAGAGGUGUCUUUAGUCGCAAAAGUGCCACGACGCCAAGGCGUAGCUUGGGUUUUUAGAGCGGUUCCCGAGAAGUCCCACGCUACUGCUGAGUCCGUCCAACUGUCCUUUGACGUUGAUGCUCCUCCCAUCACCAUCGUCAAGGAGACACCGCGCAAGCCAGUCAAUUACAGGGUCAAGCAGUUGUUGGGAGAGAGCGUGAUUUCUUUUAAGCCCGGAAAGAAGAAACCCGAAUCCGCGAAGCACGCCGAUGCUGCCCGGGAUGCCAGAACAGAUGCCAUGGAUGUCGAAGCUGAAGAUCUUGAGCAGAAGCCAAACGACGAUACUGCUAGGGAUGCUGGUAAAGACAAGAGCCAAAGCGGUGUUGUCGCCGGUUUAAGUCCUCCCCCCAAGAGGUCCAAAGGUAACGGUUUGCCGCUUGAAGCUAAGGUCGUGCCAAACUCUGGAGAUGGCAACUGCCUGUUUGAAAGCAUCGCUCAGGGCAUGUCGUCGGCUGAGGGGAAGCGACGCACCAAGGGACAGAUCCGCAUCGCUUGCUGUAGUCAUCUGGAAAGGCAUCUUGAUGAUUACGAGCCGUUCUGGGAUCACAAGAACCCAAAUGGCAAAAAAAGCGAAGGAAAUUUCAAAGGGUACAUAGACACCUUAAAAAAGGUUGGUAGCUGGGGAGGCUACUUGGAGAUUAAUGCCAUCUCUUCUACCCUUGGAAUCAAGGUUCUUGUCUGGCACAAGCCUAGUGAUCUGGUGCAUAGGUUCAACUCUGAAGCCAGCGGUCCGACAAUUUGCUUGCUUUACGACCGCGAAAACAAGCAUUACGAAUGGGUUGACGGGCCCGUGCAAGAUGAGUUCAUUGACAAAGCUGUUGAUGUCUGCAUCUCCAAGGCAGAAGAUUACCGAGGCUUAUCUGACAUCCCUGCCAGCAUCGCCAGGUACAGGCACCUGCCAAAGCUGCACAGGCGGAGCAAGGCUCUCAGUCGUGUCUGCGUCGACCUCCGGGGCUGCCAAGUCGUCUCGCGGUCGUAA